CCACUUUUAUAAAAUAAGUAAAAAAGAGCAAAGAACGUGAAACGAUCCGCGCGAGCCACACAAAAAAGGUUCCAGCACAGAGAAGAGAGAGAGAGAGAAGUUGCUUAGAGACGUUGUCGGACUUCAAACCAGUUUCGGUACCGGAAUUUAGGAACUCCGUUUAAAUCCGGAGCCAUCAAAAAAACAAAAAAAGGAUAAGCCUUUUCUUUUUUAUCCGUUCUUCUCCUUCUUCUAUUGGAAUUUUCGGAGAGUGAAGUCAGAAGUCAGGGGAAUUGUUCUUCAGUUUUCGUCAUCUGGGUUUUUAAUUUUCGGAGUUCAAUUUCGGAAUUAAGGUCGUUUGAAAGCUUCGGUGAGGGAAAGUUAGGGUUUUUUUCUCCAGAAUUUGGUUUGUUUGACUCAGAGAGAUCUCUUCAAAUUUCUGUUUUUCUUUUCUGAGAAAUUGUAAAGGAUGUCCACGCCUCUGAAGGUGUGGCAACGUUGGACUACUCCACCGAAAGCGACAAAUCCAGAUUCGGGUUUAGACAUGGUGACCCCAGUUCCGGGUCGGGUCAGUGAGAUCCAGUACGACGAUCCAAGGAGACUGCCUGAGAAAGUUUCAGAGCUUGAAAAAGAGCUCAUGCCAUUUGCAAAACUUGGUUUACUAUUUCAAAGAUUUGCGUCUUAUGGUUAUUGCAUAGCACGUGACAUUAUAGUUCCAAGGAUCUUUAAGAAUUUGCUUUUUGAGUACCAACACAACCUGGGACUUCUUCUGAUCGAGCAAAAGGAGUGGAGUUCCAAAUAUGAAGAACUUCAACAGGAACUUGAGGAGGUAAACGAGUGCCUUAAGCGUGAACGCAAUGCCCUUAUGAUUGCUGUAGCAGAUGUUGAGAAGCGAGAAGAGGGUUUGAGGAAAGCUCUGGGGAUUGAGAAGCAGUGUGCACUUGAUCUGGAGAAGGCUCUGCGUGAACUACGCUCUGAAAACGCAGAGAUAAAAUUUACAGCUGACUCGAAGUUGACUGAGGCGGAUGCAUUGGUUAGAAGUGUUGAAGAAAAAUCUCUGGAAGUUGAGGCAAAGCUGCGUGCUGUUGAUGCAAGACUUGCUGAAGUUAGUAGAAAGAGUUCGGAGGUGGAGAGGAAGGCAAAGGAAGUGGAAGCUCGAGAAAGUUCCCUUCAAAGGGAGCGAUUUUCCUACAUUGCUGAACGAGAAGCAGAUGAGGCAACUUUGUCAAAGCAGAGGGAGGACUUGCGUGAAUGGGAAAGAAAGUUGCAAGAAGGAGAAGAAAGAGUUGCUAAAUCUCAGAUGAUUGUUAAACAGAGAGAGGAUAGGGCAAAUGAAAGCGAUAAGAUUAUCAAGCAAAAGGGAAAAGAACUUGAAGAGGCGCAAAAGAAGAUCGAUGUUGCUAACCUCGCUUUGAAGAAGAAAGAAGACGAUUUCACCUCAAGGAUAAAAGCUCUUGCUUUAAGGGAGCAAGAAACUGAUGUGCUGAAGAAAUCCAUAGAGACGAAAGAGCGAGAGCUGCAAGCUCUGCAAGAGAAACUGGAUGCCAGAGACAAGGCAAGCCCUCUCUCCCUCACACUCUCUCUCUCAUAUGCAUUUCUCUGUCACUCCCUAUCUAUGGAUGACAUCUGUGCAACUGAUUACGUUGCAGUUCAGCAACUAAUUGAUGAGCACCAAGCUAAAUUGGAGGCAACACAGCGUGAGUUUGAGUUGGAAAUGGAGCAGAAAAGAAAGUCUAUCGAUGACAGCUUGAGGAGCAAGGUUGCUGAAGUGGAAAAGAGGGAGGCUGAGUGGAAGCACACGGAGGAGAAAGUUGCUAAACGUGAACAGGCAUUAGAUAAGAAACUGGAGAAGCUUAAAGAAAAAGAAAACAGCUUUGAACUAAGGCUGAAAGACGUAAAUGGCAGAGAGAAAGCCUUGAGAAGCGAGGAGAAGGCAUUGGAAACCGAGAAGGUAAAACUGCUCGAGGAUAAGGAAACCAUUCUCAACCUUAAAGUUGAAGUCGAGAAAGGAGAGGCUAAAAAUGAAUUACAGCUAUCGAAAAUUCUCAAAGAGAUUGAGAGGCUUGUAGUUACUGAGGAGGAGAGGUCUGAGUAUCUUCGUCUGCAAACCGAAUUAAAGGAGCAAAUAGAAAAGUCCAGGUCUCAACAGGAGCUGCUUUCGAAUGAGGUUGAGGAUCUGAAGGCUCAAAGGGAAUGUUUCGAGAGAGAAUGGGAAGAACUUGAUGAGAGGAAAGCUGAGAUCGAGUCCCAACUAAAGAAUGUAACUGAUCAGAAAGAAAAACUAGAGAGGCACAUUCACUUGGAAGAAGAAAGGCUGAAAAAGGAAAAGCAAGCAGCAAAUGACAACAUGCAAAGGGAGCUAGAAACUUUUGAAGUGGCCAAAGCUUCAUUUGCAGAGACGAUGGAGCAUGAGCGUUCAGUGAUCUCUAAGAAAGCCGAGAGCGAAAGAAGCCAACUGCUUCAUGAUAUUGAAAUGCUCAAAAGGAAGCUCGAGGCUGAUAUGCAGACUAAACUGGAAGAAAGGGAAAGGGAGCUGCAAGCGAAAGAGAAGUUAUUUGAGGAAGAGAGAGAGAAGGAACUGAGCAAUAUUAACUACAUAAGAGACGUAGCCAGAAGAGAAAUGACGGAUGUGCAGAACGAUAGACAGAGAAUAGAGAAAGAAAAGCUAGAAGUUGAUGCUAGUAAAAAACAUCUGGAGGAGCAGCAGACAGAGAUUCGGAAAGAUGUUGAUGACCUUGUUUCUUUAACCAAGAAACUGAAGGAGCAACGGGAACAAUUUAUUAGCGAGAGAAACCGUUUCCUUUCUUCCAUGGAAAGUAAUAGGAACUGCAAUCCUUGUGGUGAACUGAUGUCAGAGCUCGUUCUUCCUGAAAUUGACAACCUGAAAAUGCCUAAUUUGUCAAAACUGACAAACAUUCUUGAGAACGAAGCGCCAAGGCAGGAAAUGAGGGAUAUAUCCCCAACUGCUACUGCCUUAGGAUUGCCAGUUUCUGGUGGGACGGUGUCAUGGCUCCGGAAAUGCACUUCAAAGAUUCUCAAGUUGUCCCCAAUAAAAAUGACAGAAACCUCUGGUGCUGAUCAAGAAACUCAGAAUACUGAGCAAGCUAACGUGAACGGUGGACCAUCAACUAUGCUUCAGGCCCAAUCUGAAGGUGACACAAGAGAAGUCGAUGUCACUAAUGCAAACUCAGACGGUGAGCAGAGCAACGUCAACAGCAAGGCUCAAGAAGCUGCUGCAGAUUCUUUGUCUAAUCUAAAUGCUGAUGGUCAGUCACGCAUGAGAGUGAAAGCCAGAGUCAGAAGAACACGCUCUGUCAAAGCUGUUGUCGAGGAUGCGAAAGCUAUCUAUGGAAAUUCUAUAGUAUUCAAUGAGCCCGAUGAUUCCACAGAAAACGUUGAGGACUCUGCUAAUGCAAAUGAUGGAAGCACGGGUGAACCUGGUCGCUCUGAUAAAAGUACUUCAAAGAAUGGACGGAAACGUGGCCGUAUGGGUUCUUUGAGAGCUUGUACUACUGAGCAGGAUGGUAACGAGAGUGAUGGAAAAUCAGAUAGUGUCACCGGAGGAGAAGGUGAGCGUAGGAAGAGGCGGCAAAAAGUUGCAUCUAAACAACCAGAAGGAGUGGUGGAAGAAAGAUAUAAUUUCCGGCAACCUAGAAGGGGCGCGGGAAAGACGGCGAUUGGUAAGAAGAAUGAAGAGACUGGUGGAGUGCAACAAAACGAGGAUAUAUACUGUGCUCAAACCACUGCCACAGCAUCAGUAAGCGUUGCUGUUAGCGAUAAUGGAGUAAGCAUGAAUGCGGUGCAGCGUGAAACAAGGGCAGACUCUGAGGAUACAGAUGCUGGCUCGCCCAAAAGAACAAUGGAGAGUGCGGCAAUGAGUGAAGAUGAUGUGAACAAAACACCUGAGAGGGCAGACUCAGAUGAUGAAUCAGAAUCAGAACAUCCCGGGAAUGUCUCAAUGGGUAAGAAGCUCUGGACUUUCUUGACGACGUAGCCCCCCAUCUUUGAUCAGGAUGUAGCAAUUGGCGUAUGAUGAUGAAGAACCAAAGCUUCUUCUUUCUGUUGACAGUAUUAGUGUUUGGUUCUUGAUCUCUCUUAGCUUAUCUUAGGAGACGUUUUCUUUUAUCUUUGGUGUUAACUUGGUGUGGAUUUUUUUUCCACCAAAAUGUAGUGUUUUCUUUCUAGUUUUCUACCACUUUAGUUGCAAUCUUUGUUAAAAGGAUAAUUCUCAAUUCUUUUGGUCUGUUUUAGAUGAUUUUUUAUUUUAUUUUAUGAGAGUGAUCUAUUAUUUGUUCUUUUCUUUCUUUCUUUC